AUGGCCGGUGGUCGCCGGACAGCCGCCGCUGGACGCAAUGCGCCCGCGAGAGGCGGAUUGGAUAACGAAGACGACGCCGUGAUCGUUUUGGAAGACGACGGCGACGACAAGGAGACGGCGUCUACGGAAUCCGAAAUCUCCAGGCUUCGCGGGCGAUGGGAACUGGCCUCCGUUCUUAACUUCCUGAACGUUUUUGAGCCGGUGAUUGGUAGUGACCCGAAGUUAACAGCAGAGGAUAUAGAGACCAGUCUCAUUAAGCCCAAUGCUCAACUUUCUCAGCUUCACAUUAAGCUACUAAAGGGGAUACCGCCCGUGAAUAAAAAAUUGAAUGAUCCCGGCGCAUGGGUGACCAUACUCUGUAAUAAACUUGCUAUGUGGUGGCCAUGGGUGGCAGAAGGAAAGAUGCCAAUUUCUGCAGCUAAGGGGAAGGAGAAGUCUGACUACAAGGAACUUGAUGCAACUACUCGAUUGCUGAUUCUAAAAGCACUGUGUGAACUCCGAGCUGAACAAGAUGACAUAAUGUCAUACAUUAACGAUGCUUUGAAAAAUGGGACUGAAAUUUCUUGUUUCCGGAAAGAUAACAUAGGAGGAGACGGGAAAGGAACUUGUUACUGGUAUGAUGGAAGCACAGUCACUGGGUACAGGCUAUACAGGGAAAUAAAAGAGUCUGAGACAAAGGCAAAGAUGAAGGGCCAAGCAUCAAAAAGUCUACCAGCUGUCUGUUUUCAGUGGGAAACAAUUGCAACUGAUCUUGAGGAAUUUCAAAAUGUUGUGGGUAACCUCUCAUCUAGCAAAUUUGGAGCAGAAGCUGCAGUUGGUAAGACUAUUGAAAACGAUGUGCUACCUCUUGUUGAAAAAUUCCAGAAGAAGAAGGAGAGGGUACUCAAACAAAAGGAAAGGCAAGAAAAGCUCCAGAAUGAUACAAGACGCUGUAGCACUCGAUCUACUCGAUCUUGCCGCAACAAUAGAGCUGUUUGUUACACAUAUGCUGAGUAUGAUCGUGCCAUUGAUGAGGCUAUAAAAGUAACAAUGAAAAGGAAAAGAACUGAGGAGCCAAGGAAUGAAACAAAGCAUUUUGUUAAAGGAAAAUGUGCCUCCAGUGGGGGCUCAGACAUGUACACAGACUCAGAAGGAACGGAAGCUGAAAAAGGUUCUUCAGACAUUGGAGAUAUGAAAAAGAGUAACUCUCUGGACAGUGAAUCUGAAAGUGACAGGCUUCAAAAACCCAAAUCAGAUGAUGAGGAUGUGGACAGUGAAUCUGAAAGUGACAGGCUUCAACAACCCAAAAUGGAUGAUGAGGAUAAUGACGUUGAUUAUGAUGUGAAAGAGGACAAUAAGAAUGGUAGUGAGUCGGGAAAUUCUGACGAGGAAAAGGAAAAUCUUGGCAAUAUGAACCGUGUUCAGAAGCAUUUUGGCCCACGCUGGAGUAGGAGACUGGCCGGUGGUUCAGACCCUCCCGAUGUGGAAACCAGAAACUUGGUUACAAAGCAUAGGUUGAGACAAAGGCCCGUACGGAACUCUGCACUUGACUCCAUUCUGGAUGGUGCGGAUGAUACUUUAUCUGUUGUCCCUGAUUCAGAAGAUGAAAACUUGUCGAAUUGCACAAACAGUGAGACAUCUGCUCAAGAAGACUUGUCUGAGGUUGCCGAUUCCGUAAGCGAUGCAUAA